AUGAAGUUGACCCUCAUCUGGGCUGUCUUGAACCUACAAGUUGCUUUGGCUUUCAAUCCAGAUUACCAAAAUGAUCUCAUCCCUCCUCCUUACUUGGUCUACCUGAAAUCGAAUUACCUGCCCUGUACUGGAGCCCUGGUUCACCCACUCUGGGUCAUCACAUCAGCUCACUGCAACCUACCGAAGCUUACGGUGGUCUUGGGGGCUACCAACCCAGGAGACCCCAGUGAAAAACAUCUGCAAGUAGUUGGCUAUGAGAAGAUGAUCCACCACCCAUACUUCACAGUCACCUCCAUUGAAUAUGACCUCAUGUUAAUCAAGCUGAGAAGGAAGAUUCAUCUCAAUGACUAUGUGCAGCUGGUCAAUCUGCCCCACCGGGAUGUCCCUGAAAACACCUUGUGCACUGUCUCUACCUGGGCCUACAACCUAUGUAAUAUCUCCAAAGACCCUAACUCCAUGCAGAAGGUGAACAUCACUGUGCUCCCCAAGUCGCAGUGCCAGGACGCCUACAGGACCCACCGCAUCCAAGAGAGCAUGCUGUGCCUGGGCAUUGUGCCUGGAAGAAGGGUGCCCUGCAAGGAAGUCACAGCUGCCCCAGCAGUCUGCAAUGGGACGCUCCAAGGAAUCCUGGCUUUUGCAGAUGGGUGUGUGCUGAGAGCAGAUGUUGCUGUCUACACGAGAAUCUUCAGCUACAUGUCCUGGAUCCAAAAUAUAAUCCAAAACUACUGA